UCAAGAUGUCAGCGCCCAUGAUUCAGUAUGUCGUGGUAAGAAGUGAUCUCUUAGGGCUUCUAAAGUGGCCUACGGGUGCUGUAAUUGCUCAGGCUUGUCAUGCUUGCUCGGCAGUGAUGCAUCUCUUCCAUUCCGACCCAAAUACUCAGACCUAUGUGGCUGAUUUGGAUGCUAUGCACAAAUGUGUUCUGCAGGCGAAUGAUGAAGAUGCCCUUAAGAGUCUUGCUGAAGCAUUGAAGAUGGACAGCAUUGACCACAAACUAUGGAUUGAACAACCGGAGAACAUACCCACGUGUUUAGCUACAAAACCCUAUCCUAAGGAUGAAAUACAAAAAUACUUUAAGAAGUUCAAGUUAUUCAAGUGAGACUAUCUGGACUUUAAGCAUGUUUCGCUUAGGUUUAGUACACGGAAUAUAUGAUGUGCAUUUCCAUCGCAUGGAUGGGAUAGGACUUCUGUUUGAACUCAUGUUAGUUGGAUGAACCUUGGUGUUCUGAUCGUUGGAUGCAAGGGAACAUCAGUUUGAACAAUAGUGUGAUGUAUUACAGCUUGAACAAUAUCAUCCUGAGGAAAUAUCUUUGAUUCUCUGUCAUUUUGAAUUAAAUGAUUGGGGAAUAUUCCUCACAUAUUGUCAAUACAUGUAUAUCCUUGCUUUUAUCCACAACUUUCUGAAUUUCUUUUCUCCUCUUGAAGAUGAAAAUAAAGUAGAAUCGUAUAUUUAUU